AUGUUAAAGCAUUUAGAAAUAGCUUUGUUUAUAAUCUUUCUUUUACUGAAUUCUGUGUUCUCUCAAUAUUGCUUUGGAUAGUUAUUUCCUUUGCUUGUUGGAGGAAAUUAAGAUGAUACUAAAUUGAAUGCGAUUGCAUUUGAUUCAAAGCGUAAUAUAGCAAUCGGAGGAAUGACCUUCGACUCGUCAUACUCAUCAUCAGCAACUUCCACAACUUCUGUAGCAAUUGCAUCACUAGUCGAUUAAACUGGAGUUCUUAAAUGGUAAAAAGGAUUGAUAGAUUACUCAUCCAUUUUAACAAUCGCUUUUAAUACUGAUGAGACAAAGCUUAUUUUUCAAAUCAGUUCAACCUUGCAUAUCCGCUUUGUUAUUCUAAAAAAAUCAGAUGGAUCACUUUCCUCGAGCUAAAGAAUGACAACUACAAAUAUGAUUUUCUAUGAUCCCACAUCUAUCAGCUAUGUAAGACUUUGUAAUGAUGUGAAUGGAGCAAAUGGAUAUGCAGUAAAAAUUUAGACAACUCCUAUUCAUAAAUAGUUACUUUUCGGAGGAUAUUUAACUGAUAAAUCAGCUGAAUAAGAUCUUUCACCACUUAGCGGGGGUGUAAAUUUACUAAAAGCUUCAGUUUUUAACAAUUAUUAGAAUUCAUACUUUAUAGUAGACAUAAAAAACAUUAAUUUAGCUGGAAAAUCAUAUAACAAAUACGUUGGUGCUUUGAUGGCUUAUCAUCCAGGAUAAAGCUGUGUUCCUUUCACAUAUUCCAAUUAAUAUAAAACAGCAAUCAAAGUUGCUUCAAUGUCUUUAGUUGACAUAGAUAUUAGUCAUUUCUACAUAUUGACAUCAUCAGGAUCUGCUAUUUCAACAAAUAUCAUUAGUAACAACGAGAUCCUUAAUAAUUGGUGCAAUAAUUAUCAAAUCAAUAUAAAAUCUACAUCAAACCUUACAAUCUAAUAUGAUCUCUAUACUGGAUAAAAAGACUUUGAUAUCAAGUCUUUUUCUUCAAACCCAUACUGCUAUGAUGCAAAGUAUACUUAAACCUCAUCACUUAUUUAUAUGUCAAAUGUGACUAAUAUGGAUGGUGACCUAACUCUGCUCGAUUAGUAACUUCCCUAAUAUAUCUAAUUUAUUGCAGGAAGUAAUAAACUCCGAGUCAAUACAAAUUCACUAUUAGACGUCAAGGAAUAUACAAUAAAAAUAGAUUCAAUUCUGUAGUAAAUUCCUUCAGAGACUUCUUUCAAAUAUGUAUUGGUAAAAAUUAAAAAUCCUUGUCUUACAGCAACAAUCACUCCGCAACAAUCAGAUGAAUAAGUGAUUUACAGAAAACAGAAUGGAACUUAAAUUUAUGAAUUCAAACCCUUCAUAUUUAGUAAUACCAACUGUGAGACAGUCAUUAAUCUUGUAGAUUCUAUAACUCUUGCAAGUUAUGAUUCUACUCUUAUCAGUUAUAAUAAUUUGACAAAUAGUUAUUAAAUCUAAACUAACACUAAUGUAGUUACAGCAAAUACUGAAAAAGGUGUAACAUUAAUUGGAUAUUAUAAGCACGGUGAUUCAAAUGCACUAUAGAUAUAAGUGAAAUUAAGAAUUUAAAUAUAUGACUGUGACACCAGCUCAUUUAUUCCAUCAGCUUACUCAGAUUUAAUCUAUAAGCUGAAUGAUCCAACGGUAACUAUAAAUCUUGGCACUUGGACAAAAGUAUAAUCAUACUACGAUUGUGGAAUGUAUAAAUUAUAGGUUUACUAAAUUAAUCAAACUUCUGGCAGUUUGAUAAUUUUACCAGAUUUCAUCAUUCAUGACUCAACACACAACAAAAUUACUAUUUAAACAUCAGAUUCUAAUAAUGAAGGAAAUUAUCAAAUCAUUGUUUCUGGAAAUCUUUUAAAUUAUCCACUUGCCAAAAAUCAAAGUCAAUUUACUCUAUAAGUUUGA